CCGCCGGCUGGGGACGGUGCCGAUGGAUGCCAUCCUGAACUGCAAGCCGGAGGACCUGGAGGAUUACUACAACUUGCUGGGAUGCGAUGAGCUAUCGACGGUUGAACAGAUUCUUGCUGAAUAUAAGAUUAAGGCCCUUGAAUGCCAUCCUGACAAGCAUCCUGGAAACCCCAAAGCAGUGGAGGAUUUCCAGCGGCUGCAGCAGGCCAAGGACACGCUGACGGACGCGGAGCGCCGGGCCCGCUACGACCACUGGCGGCGGAGCCGAGUCCCCGUCCCGUUCCGGCACUGGGAGGCGCUGAGCAGCUCCGUCAGGACGUCAAUGCACUGGGCUGCCCAAAGCAAGAAGGACCAAAUGCUGGAAGCUCCUGGCUUUGGUAACACCAACAGCAGAACCAACGAGAUGUGGGCCCAGCAGAGGGAAAGCAGUGGAGAGGGAUUGUUGGAAGGGAGCAGGGAACAAGAAGAUGUUGCAAUCCCUGAUGUGCAAGCACAGUCUUCAAAGAAUCCAGACUCCCCAAGAUUUUCAGAGGGGAAUUACUGGCACUUGCGUUUCCGUUGGUCAGGCGAUGCUCCGUCAGACCUUCUGAGGAAAUUCAGGAACUAUGAGAUCUGAAAUGAGAAACACUCAGGAGCAUGAGAUCAUCUCUUCACCAUUCCCUUUGUAUUUUUAACAGCAGUUAUAAGUUAUUUGUAUUUUGUAUUCUUUAUUGAAAUGUGUUGUUGUAGUCAAUGUCCAAAUACUGAUUUAUCACACAUGCUGUGAGCAUUACAGAUGGAAACUUUUCUGUUCAAUAACCUUUUCAGUAUUAAUAUAAAUUGAUGUUGUGAAGUAAUCUAACAUCUUGUAUAUCGUUUCUCAUAUUCUCAAAUAUUGUGUAAUGAUUAAUAUUUUGUUCAAUAGUGUGAUGUUAUAAAAACAUACUCUCAGUAGAGCUCUGGGCUCCAGGGUAUCCUGAUCAGAGAGGAUCUUCCAAAAGCUUUAUGUCAAUGAACUGUAAAGAGAGCUCUGCUUAACUCUGUGCUCUGCUUCACUUCUCCAUUGCCUUGUACUCACUGCAGUGAUUUAUAAUGUACUCACUACCAACUUAACUUGUAGGAGAGUUGUGAUCUUAUGUUAUAGAUGAAAUAAGAAGGUUCUUGUUAUCCAAGGUCUCUGUGACAGAUCAAGCACUCCUGAAAAUCACUUGUUUUCUACCUUAACGAGGACACUUUUUGCAUCAGCAAUAUGUUUGUUUUGGAAGGCAGUUGCAGAACUUUACUUCUCCAGAUAGCAGUUUUUGUCUCAAGAUGUAUUGGUGGAAGACUGAUCCCCUGUGUAUGUGUGCCAACAUUGUCCCGUGGCUUCAGAGCAAUUCCCCUCCCUGCUCAGCUCUGCUAGACUUGGUUUUACCAGGGUCUUGUACAGUGAGGAGUGAAACAUCAGACUAGUCAGCACUAAUGUGUACAAAAUCUCACAUGAAAGUUUUUGAUACUUUGGGCAACUUUUCAAAUUCUGCACUGUUGUUUAUUUAUUUUGUGUUUGUUUUCUUCUUUGCAAGCUUGGCUAAUAUGUCAGGUAUUGACAUUGUGGUUUUGUGCAGGCAGAUAAUUCCAUCAGCAGCAAAUAAAACUUCAUGUAUACAGAAAA